ACGUGUUACUGCUUAGAAACUGUAAACAACAUGACUUCUUCAGCGAGUUCACACGUAUUCGAAGACUUGAGAGAUGAAAGGGUCCCGCCAGCUCUAUAUUGGACAGGUGAACAGGUUUCUGCAUGGAUAGAAGAAUUGGGAUUUCCACAAUAUAAGCCAUGUUUUACAACAAAUUGUAUAGAUGGACGCCGACUAAUAACAUUACAAGCCUCUAGAUUACCUGAAAUAGGUAUUACAGACUUUAAACAUAUUAUGACUAUAUCGAAUAGUGUAAGAGAAUUAUUAGAAUUAGAGGAACCUUUUUGGAACAGAAGUAUUUCUCUCCCUCCACGUAAUGAAAUAGGAAUGUAUUUAGAAAAGAAAAGCGUUCGUGGAAAAAUAAUAGACAAUAUGAGUUUUCAGAAAUUUUUGUUAACAGUACAAAGCAGAGAUCCAAAAUGGCAGCCACCAUUAUCAAACCAGUGUGCAAUAAUAGCACACAAUGUUCCUGCUAUCAAGUGAUGUUUAUAUUUUAGGUUUUUAAAGUAAAAUUAUCUGUAGUGUACGGAACCAUCAUAAUUUGAUACCAUCUUUUGUUUAUGUCAUAUACGUAUACAAUUUUUACUGUUUUUGUAUAAAUACAAUAUUUACUGCUUUUGUAUAUAUACAAUAUUUACUGCUUUUGUAUAUAUAUAAUAUUUACUGCUUUUGUAUAAAUAUAAUAUAUUAAAAUAGAUAUUAUAUAAUUAGUACAAAUUGUACAAUCCUGUAAAUGAUUUGUUUGAAUCCAGUCUUGUUUAAGAGGGAAUAAAAGCUCACACCACUGCAAAGGUAUUACAUGCUCCUUCUGGGAAUGUAAAUGAAGCAAGUAGAAGCUCUGAUUAGAAUUUGGAUGUUUCAUUCUCCUUCCGAGGUCCAUUU